AUAACCUCAGUCUUCGACGAGCGUUCGUGGACGACGGACGUCAUGGGAAAAAUAUUUUUCAUUCUCUCUGCUCUAUGCAGUCUAUGCCUUAUAAAGGCUAGUGCAUACACAGUCCCGCCGGCGAAACUCGAAGCGAUCUAUCCCAAGGGAUUAAGGGUCACGGUCAAAGAUGAUGGUUUCUCCCUCUUUGCCUUCCACGGCAACCUGAACCAGGAGAUGGAGGGGCUGGAGGCAGGGCAAUGGGCGCGAGACAUUACGAAGCCCAAAAAUGGCGAAUGGAUCUUCAGAGAUAGGAACGCUCAAUUGAAACUGGGGGACAAAAUAUACUUCUGGACUUAUGUCAUCAAGAAUGGUCUAGGUUACAGGCAGGAUAAUGGAGAGUGGACUGUUACAGGAUUCGUUAAUGAAGAUGGAACACCAGUUGAUCCAGAAAACUUACCGGACCCAGAACCGACACCGGCUCCCGGGCCUAACCCGGUUCCAUUCACCCCCCCUGUAACCUGCCAAAAGUCACAAACUGAAGUCCAAGGUCUCAGGUCCGUUUGCCAAGGCGUCCUCAUCUUUACUGAGGACUUCAAUAAACCCAAUAUGGAUAAGUUAACCCAAUGGGACGCGGAGGUCAUGCUUCCUCGAGGACCGGAUUACCCGUUCAACGCGUAUGUCAAAGAUACUGUAACAGUGGAUAACGGGGAGCUGAAAAUCAAGCCGGUACUCACGGAGUCACGUUUUGGUGAUGCAUACAUAGAUGGUGAAUGGGAUUUAACCAGUGCAUGCACCGGCCAGGUGGGUACCCAGGAGUGCUACCUGAAGGCAUCAGGUGCCAACAUCCUGCCACCAGUGACCAGUGGCAAGAUCACCACUCGCAAUCGCUUCAGCUUCAAGUUCGGAAGGAUUGACGUGAAGGCGAAACUACCAGCUGGAAACUGGCUGAUACCAGAAAUCAAUCUUGAACCACGUGACAAUGUUUACGGCAAGCAGCGUUAUGAAUCCGGAAUCAUCCGCGUGGCCUUUGCAAGAGGGAACCCGGCGUUCGCCAAAAGGCUUUACGGUGGACCCGUCCUCACUGAUGCUGAGCCUUACAGAACCUCUCUUCUGAAAGAACAUCUUGGUAUUGACAAUUGGAAUAAGGACUUCCAUAACUACAGUAUGAUUUGGAGACCAAACGGUAUUCAGCUGUUUGUGGAUGGAGUGCACUAUGGAGACGUGAACCCUGGCGAAGGGUUCUACUACACGGCCAAACAGAACGCGGUACCCCAUGCUUCCAUGUGGUUGAAGGGUUCCAUUAUGGCACCACUGGAUCAAAUGUUCUACAUAUCACUAGGACUACGCGCUGGUGGUAUCAACGAUUUCGCCGACAACCCAGAUAAACCUUGGGUCAACGGUGCCAGUAAAGCAGUGUACAGGUUCUACCAGCACCAGGACUCGUGGUUCCGGACUUGGACCUCCCCAGAACUGAUCGUGGACUCAGUUAAUGUCUACGCUUUAUUGCAGUCAAGGGCUAACUUGUAUGUAAUGUCAUUAAAAUACGUUCCGUUGGUGUUCUUAUUGGGAUGUUUUAUUGCACAGUGCUAUGAAGUGCCGGAAGCGAAAUUGGAAGCUAUAUACCCCAAAGGGUUGCGCGUUUCCGUUCCAGAUGACGGAUAUACACUGUUCGCGUUCCACGGCAAACUUAACGAGGAGAUGGAGGGGUUAGAAGCUGGCCAAUGGUCGCGUGAUAUCACGAAGCCUAAAAACGGAAGAUGGUUCUUCAGAGACCGCGAUGCGAAAUUGGCGAUAGGCGAUAAAAUCUAUUUCUGGACGUAUGUGCUGCAAAAUGGACUUGGAUACCGACAGGAUAAUGGAGAAUGGACUGUCACAGGCUAUGUCGACGAAGCAGGCAGCCCGGUUGGCGCUGAUGGCAACCCGAUAGAAGCUGUGGUGGCACCUGAAGUACCCGGUGCUACCUCAAAUGAUCCAGCACCUGGUAUUAUUCCAAAUGAUCCUGCCCCUGGUAUUAUUCCAAAUGCCCCAACACCUGGAAUUAUUCCAAAUGCUCCAGCACCUGGAAUUACCCCUCCAGUAUCAGAACCCGAAGCUAUUCCAACUCCCUCUACACCAAUUCCUGAAGCUGCACAACCUGUGACACCAAAUCAAGAAAGCAAUAAUUAUCCAUGUGAACUAUCAGUGUCGAAAUCAUCAGCACCUGGGUUUGUCUGCAAGGGCCAGCUUUUGUUUGCGGACAACUUCAAUGCAGGUAUUAAAAAGGGAAAAAUAUGGACGCCAGAGACCAAGUUUCCUGGGCAUCCGGAAUACCCAUUCAAUGUGUACCUCUAUGGUAAAAACAUACGAGUAAACGAUGGAAAACUAGUCAUCAAACCGAUUACCCUGGAGUCUAAGUUCGGAGAUGAAUACGUCCACGAGUCUUUGGACCUAACUCCUAGCUGUACAGGAACGAUUGGUACGAGAGAGUGUUAUCAAGAACCAUCCGACAACGAGAUUCUGCCGCCAAUCAUAACAGCCAAAAUAACAACGAAUAGAAGUUUUAGUUUCAAAUAUGGAAGGAUCGAAAUCGGUGCUCGCAUGCCUUUAGGAAACUGGCUGGUUCCAGAACUGCACCUGGAGCCGCGGGACAAUAUCUACGGAGACCAGAACUAUGCUUCUGGUUUGUUAAAAGUCGCCUUUGUCAAGGGUAAUGUGGAAGAUUCCAAGAAUUUGUACGGAGGACCUAUUUUAAAUGAUGCUACACCAUUUAGGACGCGAUAUAUGAAAGAGAAAAUUGGUUACGACCACUGGAAUAAAGUUUUUCAUAACUACACUUUAGUAUGGAAACCAGACGGAAUAUCUCUUUAUGUUAAUGGAGAAAAUUACGGAGACAUUAGCCCUGAAGAAAGUUUCGCCGCGGACGGCAAGAAGGAUAAUGUGGUAGCGGCUACUAGGUGGCUUCAAGGAACUGUCAUGGCUCCUUUUGACCAAAUGUUCUACAUAUCCCUGGGUCUGUCAGUGGGAGGUGCCCACGAGUUCCCGGAUAGCCCCAGCAAACCCUGGGUAAACAAUGCCUCGGACGCGAUGCAGAACUUCUGGGAAGCGAAGGAGCAGUGGCUACCGACUUGGUACGAUGAUAUGAACGCAUUGCAAAUCGACUACGUGAGAGUAUAUGCUAUUUAAAAGGUUUCAACCCAGACAUAAUUUUUUACCAAGUAAUAAAGGUUUCAUUUAUAUAAAAACCUGUUUUUAUAU